AUGGCCAACAUUUAUGCUAGUGCUACAUGGAAACAGAAUGGUAUGACUGUUGCUGGAGGUAAUGGACCUGGCAAUGCUACGAAUCAACUCGCAACCCCUAUGGGUCUCUUCGUUGAUGAUGAUAAUCAUAUGUUAGUUAUUGCUGACCGCGCCAACGAUCGCAUCAUUCAAUGGAAAAUAGGCGAUACGAAUGGACAAGUCGUAGCUGGUGGAAAUGGUUAUGGAACUGGUUUAAAUCAAGUGGAGUUACCAAAGCAUGUUUUGAUUGACAAAGAGACAAACAGUCUCAUUAUUCUGGAGGGUGCUUUUGGACGAAUAGUUCGAUGGUCUCGCCGUAGUGGAACGAAACAGGGUGAAGUCCUCAUCGAUAAGGCUCAAGGUUUUGGAUUGGCUAUGGAUGAUCAAAGAUAUCUCUACGUUUCUAGUUUUGAUGCUGUAAGACGAUAUCAACUGGGAAGAAACACCAAUAAUGGAACUCUCGUAGCCGGUGGAAACGGCGAGGGCUCUGGUCUUAAUCAACUCCAACGGCCGUUCUACAUCUUUGUCGAUCGACAACAAGCCGUCUACAUCUCAGACAACGAGAAUCAUCGUGUUAUGAAAUGGGAAAAAAAUGCGAAAGAAGGUAUUGUCAUGGCUGGAGGUCAAGGACCAGGCGAUUCUUUGACACAAUUGUCAUCUCCUCGUGGAAUUUUCAUUGAUCACUUUGGUACUCUCUAUGUAGUAGAAGCGGGAAAUAAUCGUGUAACACGUUGGCCACAAGGGACUGUCAUUGUUGGUAAAGAUGCUAAGUUGUCUGCACCUGAGGGUUUGUCUUUCGAUCAUCAAGGCAAUUUCUAUGUCGCUGAUUGUGGUAAUCAUCGUGUUCAACGUUUUUCCGCUUAA